GAAGAGAUGGGAAAAAAUAUGAAGAGGGAGGCAGGAAGGGGGUGGAAGAAUGCUAGAGAGGGAUUACGGCAUGAUUGGCUAAAGGAGGAUUUAAAACUCAGCCCAUUUGGCUCAGGUUCAGACCUGUAACUGUGCAUGCGUGUGCUUAAGAGCCUAUAUGUUGUUUAGUUGCCUGUAUGUAUUUAUAUAUACAGUAUAUACAUGUGUGUGCUUCGUGUGUCUUUCUCCAGCUGCACAUAACUCUCCGCACAUAUCAAGGCUUAGCAGGAGAACGGGUUAGAUAGAGCAACUAGAGGAGGGAGGGGAGAGAGGUAGAGAGAGAGACCAACAAGAAAGACUUGUUCACAGAAAAGGCAAUAAGCAACGUGGAGUGCGAGGGAAAAGAGAAGCUCAUCUGUGUGACACCUUCAAUAGGAAGAUGCUGUUGAAUGUGCUGGCUGUGGCUGCGGUUUCAGCAGCUGUGCUGUAUGUCCUGUAUAAAUGGUUGAUCCCUGCAGCUGUGCAGAACAGUGGCUGGCUGGCCCUCAUCUGGCACGAUGUCAUCGUUGAGCGGGUCCUCAACAUCCUGACAGGAUUAUCACGACCUCAGCGCAUGUUGAAAGCUGUUCAGAAGAACGCCACAAAAGGAGACCCCCAGAGUGUCAUCGCAGCCAUUGACUACUACUGCAGACACAAAGAGUGGGCUAUGAAUGUGGGCGACGAUAAAGGGCCCAUAUUGGAUUCAGUGGUGAGCGAGGUUAAUCCCAGCACGGCUCUGGAGCUCGGCACGUAUUGCGGUUAUUCCACUGUUCGUAUCGCCCGGCUGUUGUCUCCUGGCUCUAAACUCAUUACUGUUGAAUUCAACCCGGCCUACGCUGCCGUCGCACGGCAGAUCAUCGCCCACGCUGGACUUCAGAACAAGGUUACUUUAGUUGAGGGAGGCUCUGGUGAUUUGAUCCCCAAAAUCAAGGAACAAUUUGGAAUAACAUCUUUUGAUUUUGUGUUUUUGGACCACUGGAAAGAUCGCUAUCUUCCAGAUAUUAAACUUCUAGAGGACUGCGGUCUGCUUAAAAAAGGCUCUGUCCUGCUCGCAGACAACGUUAUUUGCCCCGGAACUCCAGAAUAUUUGGAAUACGUGAGGAACAGUCCACGGUAUAAGAGCCAAUACUUCCAGUCCUACCUGGAGUACACCAAAGCAGAAGACGGCCUGGAGAAAUCUGUUUUCUUAGGAUGAGAAAAAUCUUAAUGA